AUGAUGACCUUGGCCACUAGUUUUGUCCUUAGAAGCCUGGUGCUGGCCUUCUACAUGCCUUUUGUCAUGACUGUCCCUAAAACACUGGCCAUCCCUGAGAAGCUGAAAGAAGCUGUGGGGAAAGUCAUUGUCAACGCCACCACCUGUACUGUCACCUGUGGCCUUGGCUACAAGGAGGAGACUGUCUGUGAGAUGGGCCCUGAUGGAGUGAGAAGGAAGUGUACAUCUCAGCGCUUGGAAUGUCUGACCAACUGGAUCUGUGGGAUGCUCCAUUUCACCGUUCUCAAAGGCAAAGAAUUUGAGCUGAGCUGUCUGAGUUCAGACAUCUUGGAGAUCGGGCAGGAAGCAUUCCGGUUCACCUGGAGACUUGCUCGGGGUAUCAUCUCCACGGAUGAUGAAGUCUUCAAGCCCUUCCGAGCCAGUUCCCACUUUGUGAGGUUCAGAUAUAUUCAGGAGGUGGACUCCGGGACUUACCGGUGUGAUGUGCAGCUGUUAGAAAACUUGAGACUUGUCAAGAGGCUCUAUUUUGGGGUGAGGGUCCUUCUUCCUAAGUUGGUGAAGCUGAAUUUUCAGCAGUCCCUCACUGAGGAUCAGAAGUUAGUAGAUGAGGGCCUGCCAGUGGUUCUGGGUAACUAUUCCAGGCCUUACCGUCCAUCGUGGAGAAAGAAGGUGGCGAUAGCCUUGGGCAUAGGAAUUACUAGUGGAGUGAUGAGCACUGUGAUGUUGGGCAUUGCCUUGUACAGUGGGUGGUGGACGACCAAUGGCAAUGCCAGUUUUUAG